UGGUAACCGGUUAUAUAAAUACCAAAUGUAUCGUCUUAUUGUUUUUACACUAUAAGAAUAAGCAUAGGGACAGUGAUCUUAGUUUAGUCUGUUAAUUUGUUUUUCUGUUGUUCAAUAUUGUUGUAUAAAUUAUUCAGAGUUGAUAUGCUGCGCUACAUUACAAGGAACCAUAUUUUGCUAGGUUUUGGCUGUCUUCUCGUCUUUUCUGGGAUCCUGUAUAUCCGUCAUGGGCCAAGCAUCUCAUCCUUCUGUUUUUGCCCGGACAAUGGCCACAGGAGGAUCGUACAGAACAAAAUGAACACUGAUCUUUGCCAGGACAAUGGCAACUGGAAGAUCAGCGAACUCAAAAUGCAAACUGGAGUUAAAUAUGCUCAGCCAAGCACAACGAUCAGACGUACUGAUGUGAACUCAGUGACAAACUGGAAUGCUCCUCUGGUUUGGGAGGGAACCUUUGAUCCAGUGGUUAUCGAUGUAAUCUAUAAGAGAAUGGACCCAAGAGUUGCUGUGGUGUUAUUCGCUGUUGGCAAAUACACACGUUUCCUAAAGGGCUUCCUGGAGUCAGCUGAAAAGCACUUUCUUGUUGACUUCAGGGUCACUUACUACAUCUUCACAGACAACAAAGGAGAUGUCCCCCAAAUUGAACUGGCUAAGGGCCGGAAUAUCUCAGUUAUCACCGUCCCUAGUGCCAAGCGCUGGCAGGAAGUAGUGCUUGGUAGGAUGAAAUGGGCCACCAUCACCAUCGACAAACAGAUCCGUAAUGAAGCGGACUAUCUUUAUAUGAUGGACAUCGACAGUGUCUUUCACAACAGAGUUGGAGCCGAGUCUUUCAGUCAGCUGUCUGCUGUGCUUCACCGUGGCUACAUGAAUAGCAAAAGGACUAAGUUUCCUUAUGAGCGCCGGCCCGAAUCCAAGGCCUUCAUUCCUGCUGAUGAAGGAGACUACUAUUACACUGCUGCUAUCUGGUGUGGAUACCUGGAGGACAUGUAUAAGCUAGUCAAAUACUGUUACACACAGUCGGAGGAAGAUGCUAAGAAUAACAUCGAAGCUGUUUGGCAGGAAGAGAGUCACCUCAACAGGUACCUGCUGUACAACAAGCCAACCAAGGUGCUGUCUGCAGAGUACCUGUGGUCAGACUAUGAUGCAAUACCGGCAGAAAUUAAAGUCGUCAGGAUCUCCCAGCUGAUCAAGAACUAUAAAGAAGUGCGGCCCAAUGGUGGACACUGAUGUCAAGUCAAUGACAUUAAGACCAUGAAACUACAUUUAAAAAUGAUAGCUGGGGAUAUUUGUAAGAGGUUGCUUUGUCUAUUCUGUACUCAAAGGUAUAAAUCAAAAUAAGUGGAUUUCAAUAAACUUAAACCAAACCACA